AUGUACUCACGUAUACUGAGACGGCAAAGAAAACAAAGAAAUUCCCUCCCACUCCUCCUUUUCUUUCUUUCUUUUUUUUCUUUCUUUGGGUUCCCCGUCGAUUUUUCGCCUUUCUCUUCAUUGGCUUGCCACCCACCGAAUUUGCCAACAAACCUGACCGACAGACAGACUGCUAACACUACGAAUAGGCCUGCUGAAUCUGCCUCACAUCUCUCUCUCUCUUUCUUUCUCUCUCUCUCUCUCUUACUCUGUUUCUCUUUCCCCCAACUCCUGCUGAUGUGUCUCUUCCCUCUGUUUUCGAUCUGCUUCGGUUUGUUGAUCAAACCCUCACUCUCUUUUCUGUUCACAUUUCCUACGUCACCUCCAGUCGUGAUUCUCCGCCUGUCGUUGCAACCAAACCCCUCACUCUCUUUUUCUCUCUCUCUCUCUCUCUCUCUCUUCUUUCGCGUUUUCCCGCCUUCGACGAUACAUCUUCCGUGCAUCUUACUCUCCAUUCUCAUCAGCCUUGCUCUCCUUUCUCAAAUUCUUCAUUUCCUUGAAAACUCUACAGCCCCCCACUCUCUUAUUUGGUCACUUUCUCUCUCUCUUGCGCUAUUGGCCACUACCUGUGAACAUUCGUUGAUGGGGCCCACCCGGUUUGUUCAUAUCCUAUCUUACCUACCCGCCGACAUUUGUUUGAAGUCUAUGCACCCCGGAAACAAACACUUGCACAGACAGUAA